GGGGGGUAGUUAAAUCCACACAGCGUGAGACUGUGCACCAGUUUUGCAUCAUUGCCCCACGCAUCAGUGGCUCUCAUCACGGUGAUAAGUGGGAGUGGAGGAGCUCGGAGCAACGUCAAUGCUCAUGAACAUUCAGACGGAUAACUCGCACGUCGUGGGAACAUCGCGUCGUUACCCAGCCUGCUCAGAACAAGCAUCCUCAUGUACAGCAGUUUGACGAUGGAUUACGGCUUUCUGCCGCGGUCCAUGUGGAGCGUUGACAGCAAAACCGUGCAGCAUCCAGCCGAGCUGCACACCAGCGUGGUGGUGACGCGCAGCAUCCCCGCAGGAACCUGCUUCGGUCCGUGCUUUCUGCAAAACACUUUCUACGACACCAUCGCCUUCAUUGCGCAGAAAGCCAGCGACAGGAGAGGAAAAUCGUGCGUCUUUAGUGUGGACCCAGAGGCCAUGCGUAAUUCUGCACUGGUGCUGUCUUGGCUGCGGCUGGUGCAGGCUGCGCGUAAUAAAGAGGAGCAGAACACCGAGGCCUUCCUCAAAGGAGGUCAGCUGUAUGUGAGGACCACCAGGGACGUCCAGCAGGAGGAGGAACUCUUAGUUUGGUACGACCAGGAGCUUUGUCACCUUCUGGGCUUUACGGACAUGAGCAGAGGCACGAGUGAAGAGUUCAAAUGUGCCAGGUGUGAGCAGAUCUUCAAGAAUGAAUAUCCCUUCCUGGCCCAUUGCCGCUUUUUAUGCGCGCAAAUAAAGAGCGACGCCUGGAGCGUGUACCAACACAAACACGUAGAGGUCAAGAGGCCGCGUCGCGUCACAGAUUUUCACAACAUCGCCAGAGAUUUGGAACACAAAAGGCCUGGCGACAGCGACGACGCAGACACCGCGCCUUCAAAACGAAAAAACCCGGAGGUGCGGAAAACCGUCUUGCUGGAAAAAACUAAUAUUUCAAAUGACGGCAACAUCACGCAGUUGGUCAGAAGCCAGGAUGAGGCUGGAGGAGACGCAUUUGACUCAAACUUGAAGAUAAAAGCGGACAGGACCAAGCUGGAUCAUUUGGGAUGUAAAAAUGGGACUUGUGGAGAGCCGAGGGAAGCCAAGUGGACUUUUACACAUGACAGGCUGGUGGACUCGGAGACGGGGGAGAGCUCCGGCUUGCGCUCGAGCAGAACCAGUGCUUUCUCUUUGGUCCACUCCAACAGUCCUGAACAGAAAAGUGCUUUUUGUAAACCAAGUAAAUGGACCUCUGUAGGAGAAGUGCAACAUGGUCGUGUCACAACAGUGCUCUCCAGUGGUCUGGGGGAGACGAGUGAGGCCCUCACUUCCAGGACCGUGUCAGCAUACGCCGCGCUAAUGGCACCCAGUAUGCUGAGCAGUGACAUGCACACACUGCCCCCACCCUUCCAUUACACACCGGAACACUGGUCAAGACCCUCUCAGGUCCAGUCCACCUCGGCACUCACCAUCCUCCCUCCCACCUUAACCUCAUUCGGCGUGUCGGUGCAAAACUGGUGCGCCAAGUGCAACCUCUCUUUUCGCAUGACCUCGGACCUCGUCUUUCACAUGCGCUCCCACCACAAGAAGGAGUUCGCCGCCGAGUCUCAGGUGAGGAGGAGGCGAGAGGAGAAGCUCACCUGCCCAAUCUGCCACGAAUACUUCCGAGAGCGCCACCACCUGUCCAGACACAUGACGUCACAUAACUAAGACCGCGGAUGGCAGAAGAAAAAUGUAUUUAUUCAGUAAAUAAGGUUUAUACGGCUUAGAUCCUGGCAGUGAAUGUAGGUACUGUAGCUGUUAAUAAGUAGCCGACACAGCCUGUCCACCAGGGGGUGGCAGAGGUACAUGGACUGACCUCAGCCUCUUGUCCUUCAAGCCUCUGUUCCAUGAUUUUUGUGCCUUAAGGACCUCAGGAUGGUGGAAAGUAGAUGGAGAGAUGUCGAGGACAGCUCAUGAUUGUCACACAUACCUUAAAGCCAUCCACUUAUUUAUCCUCUUUGUACUGUACAUGGCACAUGGAGUGUGUUUGCACAUUUACAAAUGUAAACUCGUCAACAUGAAUUAAGAUGCGUUGAGUGUUUUUCCCCCCCCAUCAUCAUUUUAAACACCAUUCAGACCACAGGAGGGAAAUUUAGGAGUGUAAACCAGUGGUUUUUAACCUUGUUGGAGGUACCGAACCCCACCAGUUUCAUAUGCGCGUUCACCGAACCCGAACCGUAAUAAAAAAAAAUGAUGUUAUAUUAAAGAAAUACUAAUAAAGAUAUAGGGAUGUCCGAUAAAUGCGUUAAAAUGUAAUAUCGGAAAUUAUCGGUAUCGGUUUUUUUAUUAUCUGUAUCGUUUUUUGUUUUUUUUAAUUAAAACAACAUAAAAAACUCAAUCAAUCAAUCAAUGUUUAUUUAUAUAGCCCUAAAUCACAAGUGUCUCAAAGGGCUGUACAAGCCACAACGACAUCCUCGG